GACCCGUUUUCAAUAAAUUUUAAAUAUCUCAGGAAUGGAGCAAAAUUAUAAGGAAGCCAUACGUCACUCUGUUGCUCGCAGUUUGGCGAUUCCGAUGAUAUAUGCAAAUGCAGGCUAUGUCUUUUCAAAGAAAAAACUAGAUAGGUUUACAAAAAAUUCAUGAGGCUUUGAGCGUCUUGUCUUGGCGCCAAAUUUUCAAAAGUAUAAAAUGAAAUAUUAAUUUUCGAAAAAUGUUCUCAGAUUCAUUUUUCUACACCGAAUUUAGAAACCUUAAUUAGAAAUCUUCAAACUCAAACCAGUAUUUGAAAAAUUUGUUUUUUUAAGAAUUAACUGUUUUUUGCCAUUUUACAUGGUAAAAGUUUUUAAAUUUUUUCGCCACAAAACUCUUUUUCCAAAAUUAAAACAUACUUUUCCUUAAUCAGCUCGUUGAGCUCUAUCCAUUCAUGUAUAAAUAAAUGAAUAAUAAAUUAGUGUGGAAAUUUGGAAUUACGGGCAGCUUACAAACAUUUCCUCUGCAACCAUCAAAAUACGAUAAUUUUAAUUUAGUUUAGUUUUAAAACCACUUAUUAGUUACUGGAUACUCAAAACAGAACUAAUUUCUGGAAGAAUUAACAGAAGAUACCACGACCGGUUCUCGUCAGGCGGUUUCCUUCGAGAAAGACAAAGUUAAGGCACGGAAAGCUAAAAAAUGUCUUCUUACUAAAAUGAUAAUUCAAGGAAAAUAGACAAAGCGAGCUGACUUUUCAUCUUUUGACUGAAUGCACAAAGAAUUUUAAGUCCAAAAAGAAUUGUCUGCGAUUAUGCUUGCAAAACUCAUUUUUUUACUGUUGCGAUCCCUUUAUCUUUUGAAUGUUGUAUGUAUCAAGUGAGGUUGUGUCUGGAAGAACUUUACUAUUCAUUUCUUUUAAUUCAACUCGCACGAAAAAUUUACUUGGUUACGACACGCUAUUCAGCAUAAACGCUGGAAGCGUAUUGUACUUAGAAGUAAAGAAAAAGUGAUUGUCUAUGUUAUCGUAGAAAAAAGAAAUCUAUUGUGAAAGGAAGUUGAGAGAAGAAUAAUCGAAUAUUUUAUCUUAAAAGAAAACUAAUUGUUAGUUUAUAAAGCAAGAGUGACGUGUACUACUUUUUUUUGUUCUUCUUUAAUAUCAACUACAAAGGGCGAUUUUGCGACUCAUUUAUUAGCAAAUGUACGAAGACUUUCAGUGAAAAGUUCUAUCUGAGAUAAUUAUAUUAAGGCCUUCUUGGUUUUCACAAACUGACUGAUUGUUUUCUUUUAUUUUGACUCAGAUGUUAAAAGGAUAACAGUAGAGACCUGCACGAGUUAAGAAGACUUAAACCGAAUCUGUCCCUCCUCCUCAUCGAGCCUCCUCACCGAGUUUCACCUCCUGACAGAAAUGCGGAUUUUUUUUUCAAAAGUUGAUAUUAGCUAAGCAUAUAAGUGAAUCAACCAAGAUAUAUGAUGUUAUGUAAGAAUUCAUGCUACUUUUGCAAAUAUGAAAGGUUUUUUCAGAAGUUUUUUACAAAGUCUAAAACGAUUGGAUUUUACUGAAAUUCUACUAUUCCAGUAAAAUAUCGAAAUCAGAAACGGCUUCACUGAUGCUAGUUUAUAGAGCAAACAUUUGAGCUUUUCUUCUCAAAUUUCUCUCAACUUUGAGCGAUGGUUAGAUAAAAAGUGAUGAUAGUUUUACUAAGAGCUCUGAAAUCUGUGCCAUACACUAUAUUUUAAAAUUCAUUUUUCUCUUCGUCUCUCUAACAAUUUCAAAAAAUUUUCACUCAGUUUAGAUGCUAGAGAGCUCUGUAUGGUUUGAUUUUGUAGAGAGAGGUGGCCAUAUGACGGUACAGAGUCGGAUUUUUGAGCUUCAUUCGAAGGUAAGAAAAAAAAUAAGGAUCUCUGAAAAAGUCGAGAGAGCUUUUUAGGGGUUUUGACGAAAAAUGUUUCAUGUUAAUUAGGUACACAAAAUUUUAAAAAUUCGGCUCUGUAUUGUCAAAAACGACAAUAUUUUUUUAGGAACAGAACCAUUUGGAACUCUAUAGCACCUACAAUGAGUGAGAAUUUUUGAAAACCUUAACUGUUUCGUUUUUACCACUGUUGUGGCGACAUCUCGCGAACAAAAACAUAGAGUCAAUAAAAUUUCGUCAAGAUACUUUGACAUGAUCAUCGUUCACUGAAAGUUUGGUUCAGAAUGGACUUGUAGUUAUACCGAAAUAGAAUUCUGAUAGGGACUCUUAACUAUAGAAUAGAUAACUCUUCUCUUUGCCAAACCUGUUCGUUUGUAAUGUGCUUCAUACGUUCAGAUGAACCUUCUUUAAUGACAUAAUAUUUUUUAUUCUUCAUCAUCUGUGAAACACUAUUUUAACAAUCACUACUCAAACUUAAAGUACUGUAAAAACAUUUUCAUUUUCGUGUUGAAAUAAAAAAAAUAAAAAGUCAGAGAAACAGGAAUUAAUACCACUGUAUUCCAUUUAGAGGACAUCAGACAUGUAUACACAGAGUUCAAAACAGAAAAAAAAUGACAUUAAAAUUUUUUUGAAGAAUUGAUUCUAUUUUUAAAUAAAAUAGUUAAUAAUAGUCGAGUAAACAAAACGCAAGAAACAAUAAGAAAGGAUGUAAUUUCAUAAUAUUUUUUUUAUGUAUUGAUAAAAAUAUCGUAACAAUAGAACAAUAGUUUGUCAUUAUAUAUGAAAAUAGUUUAAAUAAACUCAUCAUUAUUAUCACAAGUUUAUUGUAGAGAAAAAGAGAUCCGACAAUACUUUGUUUUAUUAUAUUUUUUUCUAUGACUAUGAUCAUUUGAAUGAUAAAAAUAUGCCAUUAGAAAAUUCAAGAGCUAAAUCUAUAUCGCGUGCUCUUGAACGUCAUGGGCCUUCUUUAUCAGAUUUUCCUCAAAAAACCUAUACAGUAGCAGUAGCUACCAAAUCUCAUGCAUCCAUCCUCUCUAGUGAUCCAAGCACAACGAGUGCAAUGCCGAAUAGUAACGGUAAUACAAAUGAUGAAACAAGAAUAAUUGAACGAAAUCAAAAUAAAUUACGAACACAAGAGUCAACACCAAGAAAAAACAGUUUACAAAAUCGACAAUAUAAUGGUACACAUUGUUCAUCUCCAACAACUCUUACACCAUCAGCAACAUCAUCUACAGUUGAUCGACGUCGAGCAACAGUGUCCGAAGGACGAACAUAUACAAAAACGACGUCAAAUACUUCUAACAAUGUAACAUCACAAAGUAAGCAACAAAGAGAAAAAGAAGAUAUCUCACAGUUACCACCAACGAAAUUAAAAUGUACACUUCCAAUCGGAACAACACAACCCGGAUAUAUUACACCUUCAAAAUUAUUCAAUAUUAUGGGUCAUGGACUUGAUAAUCAAUAUUUAUUUAUGCAUGCACAUUACUUAUAUAUUAUUGACUGUCGGACUAAAGAAAAAUUUAAUGAAAAUCAUAUUGUUACAGCAAUUCAUUGGGAAGAUGCAUUAAAUGGUUCGGUAUAUAUGUCGGUUGUUGAAAAAUUUAGUGAAAUUGUUUUAUAUGAUGAAAAAGGAAUAUUUUUUAAUACAACAACUGAAAUGAGACGUGUUAUUAAUCGAUUUUCAGGUCCCGGAUCUAAAACUUGUUUAACGAUGAGUGGUGGAUUUGAAGCAUUUCGAUCAUUAUAUCCAUUUGUUUGCACCAAUACGGACAUACGUUCAACGGUUGAUAGAGAAAAAUUUUUAACCAUAUAUCCAUCAGUUGUUAUUGACAAUCAAUUAUAUAUUGGUACUGGUCAUCAAGCAACAAAUUGGAAAGUUGUACGUGAUUUAAAAUUAACUCAUAUUGUUAAUAUAUCAGUGGAACAUGACUGUUUAUUCAAAGACAAAAUCAAAUAUUUACAUUUGGACCUGGAAGAUAAAGAAGAUGUAUUGUUAAAAGAUCGUUUUGAUGAAUCAAAUCGUUUCAUUGAAACAGCUAUACAAAAUGGGAAUGGUCGAAUAUUAGUUCAUUGUAAUCUAGGUAUAUCACGAUCGUGUACAAUAACAUUAGCCUAUUUAAUGAAAACGUAUAAUGCUACACUAUCUGAAGCAUUUCGAUAUUUACGCAAUAAAAGACCCAUUGUUUGUCCAAAUCUCGGCUUUUUAUCACAAUUACUGGAAUUCGAAUUAGAACUAUUUGGUUAUCAAUAUUCGGACGAAAGAGAAAUAAAAGUUGAUGAUAAUGAUGAUGAUGAUGAUGAUGAUGAUGAUGAUGAUGAUGAUGAUGACGAUGACUACAAUGCUUCAUUAGAGUUUAUAUUGCGUAAAAAUUGCGAUAAACAAGUGAAUUAA